CCCGGACACUCGCUCUCGCGGUGACGAAAGCGGCGCGCGCUGUAUGCCGGGAUAGCCUCCAGGCUGGUCCUCCUGCUUCCCAGCCUGCCCCGGGCCCGCUUGAAUGGGGUAUAUCCAAGAUGGCGGCGAACGCGAAUUCUUGUGGCGGUCUUUCGCUAUUCGACUGCCCGAGCUGGGCAGGAAAACCUCCCCCUGGCUUGCAUCUGGAUGUAGUCAAAGGAGACAAACUAAUUGAGAAACUGAUCAUUGAUGAGAAGAAAUAUUAUCUAUUUGGGAGAAACCCUGAUCUGUGCGAUUUUACCAUUGAUCACCAGUCCUGCUCUCGGGUCCAUGCUGCCUUGGUGUAUCACAAACAUCUUAAGAGGGUUUUCCUCAUAGACCUUAACAGCACACAUGGAACGUUCUUGGGUCAUAUUCGUUUGGAACCUCACAAACCCCAACAGAUUCCCAUCGACUCCACGGUUUCAUUUGGUGCCUCUACACGGGCAUACACUCUGCGAGAGAAGCCACAGACACUGCCGUCCGCAGUUAAAGGAGAUGAGAAAAUGGGUGGUGAUGAUGAGGAGCUCAAGGGCUUGCUGGGCCUGCCAGAGGAGGAGACCGAGCUUGAUAACCUGACAGAGUUUAACACAGCCCACAACAAGAGAAUCUCCACGCUCACCAUAGAGGAAGGGAACUUGGAUAUUCAGAGACCAAAGAGAAAACGGAAGAACUCCAGAGUGACGUUCAGUGACGAUGACGAGAUCAUUAAUCCAGAGGACGUGGACCCUUCAGUUGGGCGUUUCAGAAACAUGGUACAGACAGCAGUGGUUCCAGUUAAGAAGAAACGGAUGGAAAACCCAGGCUCGCUGAGCAUGGACGAGUCUGUAACACGGCGCAUGCAGAACUUCCCCUACGGUGGAGGAUUGUAUGGUGGCCUGCCUCCCACUCACAAUGAGGCAGGUUCCCAAUCGCAUGGUAUUCAUGGGACAGCACUCAUUGGAGGCCUGCCAAUGCCCUACCCCAAUCUUGCCCCAGAGGUGGACUUGACUCCCGUUGUGCCAUCGACAGUUAGCAUGAACCCUGCUCCUAACCCAGCCGUCUUUAAUCCUGAAGCUGUGAAUGAACCGAAGAAGAAGAAAUAUGCAAAGGAGGCCUGGCCAGGCAAGAAGCCCACCCCUUCUCUACUGAUCUGAGAUGGGCUUUGUUUGGGGGUGGGAGCGAUGAACUUGAGAAACUGUUCCUGUGCAGUAUCGUCUUUUAAAGUUUGUGUCCUAACCACAUGUAAUAUCAAGAUUGGAAGAGUGAAAUGUCCCUCAAAGAUCUGUCUUCAAAACAUUUUUGUAUGUCUGUAAAAAACACAUCUCCCACCUCCUUUUGAAUCCAAAGGCCAGCAGCCUUUUCCCUUAGCCAUUAUUCUCCAUAAGUUAAAGGGACACUGUCAAGUGAUUCAACCCCCAAAUUUAUGGCCUGAUCCUGCAAACACAUCAACUAGGUGUAGUGCUUACUACUAUGAGUAACCUUGCUCCAGCUAGACUGCUCAGGGCAGUAUGCCCUGCCUUAGGAGUAAGUGUGCUGGCGCAGGCCUAAAUUCAGUACUAAAUCAGGCUUUUGUGUGUAACUUUAAAACCUUACAAAAUGUAAUAUAAAUGGAAUGGCUUUUAUUGUUUUACUGUUACAAAAUCACAUAAAGGCUUUUAGUUUGGCUGUAAACAUUCCCUUGUACUUGCAACCUAAAACACUGCAGCAUCUGGGUAGCUCUUGAGAAGCUGGAGGUGAAAUGGACAAGAAAUAAAAGUGAAACUGACUAGUCGAUUUCUAUUCAUCACCCUCUGUUAAACACAAAAGCCAAACAGCAAAGAAAUGGUUAGUGUGAAUUCUUUUUUUAAAAAACCCUCUGCUCUGAUAUUUGAGGUGUUAUAAAGGAUACUUGGAUUUUUUUAAAUAUGGUUUUUAAUCUUUCAGCUGAAAUGAAAUAUCUUUUACUGAAGAAAAAACAAACACACACACACCCCACCUUAAGAUUUGUGAGCAUACAAGGUGUCAGGUCUGUGAUUAGGAGCAGUUAGCCAUUCAGCAGCCAUGGGUUGGUCACAUGCAAACUACAUGGGUUUUAAUGAUUAAAGAAUAAAACUGUAUGCAGUCUUCUGUACGUUGUCCUUUUUCUCCUGCUAACAGCAGAGGGCAGGGGUUAAAGACAAGCAGCAGAUUCCUGAAAUGAUGAUGGUUUCUCAGUGGAAUGUAAAAUUCUGCCUCAUCUAAACAGAAGCAGUUUUCCAAGCUUGGGUACACAACAUUCUGGUUUGACCUCUGUUUUCUUUCAGUUGAACAAAAUGAGAAAUUUGACUGGGAAGACGCCUGCAAAACCUCAUCUUUAAUUUCUAAAACUGAAAUUUUAAGUUCAUUCAAUAUUUUGCUUCAGAGAAAGCAGCUCUACUUUGCCCUAGGCUUAUUCAGGAGCCUUUAAAUUGUGGGAUAAAACAGUUCAUCUAAUUAGUCACCAUAUUAUUUUUGGGAAUUCCUCCAGAAUAUGUGCACUAACAUUUGACGUAACAUCCCUGGCCGGUCAUUAGUAGUGCAUUGUGAGGAAUUACCUGGCAAACUAGUGUGGCCAAAACUAAUGUUGUCAUCGGAGUUAUGGUGCCCUUUAAUGUAUCAGAUCUGGCCAUACACCCUUGAACUGCUUUGGACAGAUGUUCCAAAAUCAAUUUUUGCUUCUGUAGAAUGACAAAUUCUAUCAUGUUUGUGGUAUAAAAAUGAGCUAGUAACUAUCCUAGCCAGGAUUGGUUGAAGUCUCUUAUGGCCUGGCUGGUUCCCUCCCCCUCUCCACCAUAUCUGGCUCGAACUACUAGAUGCUGGAGCUUUUUCUGGUGACAUUUCUCCAUGGUAUGAUGGUGUGUUACAAUGUUUUAGGUUGUCAUGCUAAAUGGCUUGUGUUCCUCCUUAGUUGUUCCUAUUCCAAAUCCUCCAAAAUCCACUUACAGACUUCUCCCUAGAUUUUUAGUUCUACUUCUUCCCAGGCUGUAGGAUUUUUCUCUUUCCUGCCAGUCUGUGUUAUGAAGGCAACUCUUUAGGAUGUGACCAGUUGGGGCAAGUAAAAGUUGAACAGACUUUAUUUUACAAGUGACUCUUUGCAAGAUCUCCCUGGGGAAGGGGAACUUUCCUGCUUGUUGUUUUGAAGCUCUUCUCCUCGUUGGGUUUGUACAAGCUCUCGUUAUUUCAGAGCUCGGUGGCUAUUAUAGGCCAGGAAGGAGGGGAUGGCAUGAAACCCAUGGGCUUUGUACAGAAGUUUGUACAUUUGUGUAAUAGGCCUUUUCACACUUUCUGUUUAGCUUUUUACCUGUAACCUUUACUACAUUGUAAAUUAAAUGCAAAUUUUGCCA